CAUCACUUCACAUAACCCCACCUCAUAUUGCUAUUCCCGCAGCUUCUCAUUCGGAAGAACUAAUGCCUUCAUCCCAAGUCCCUACAUCCCGGUUGACUCAUUCAGUAGCUAAGGAAGCUACGUCGCACACAGCUCAUCCCACUAAACAACCAGCCGCUGCUGUUCGUUAUGAUAACCAUGAACCAUUUUUAUUCCCAAGAAGUAAACCUCCACUUGAUUCCGAGAAUAUCCCACGCGGGGUUGAACACGGGCGUGUUGCUAUCUCUGACAGUACCAGUCCAUUUCACAUACCCAGUUCAAUUUCAAGUACACCGUUUUUACACGAAGGACCAUCAAUCCAGUUCCCCAGUAACAGAGAACCAGAUACUGCCUCGUAUUUACAUUUCUAUCAACAACAACUGUUAGAACAACAAAACCGUAUUAGAGAGCAACAGAAAGCUAUUCAGGAAAGACAACAACAACGUCUCGAGCAGUUGAAACAGUUUCAAGAACGUCUCAGAGGACAGAGGCAUGAUUCUGAUUUAGGAAAGUCUGCAGGUCAAACAGGAGAAAAAAAUAGUCAUUCUGGUGGACAGUGGAAAUCUCUUAUCCCUAACACUCGAUACCCUUCUGAUGAUGACACAUCAACUAGCACAGAUCAUGCUCAAUCAGGAACAGAAUCAGCGGAUCGUUCUUUAUCUGUUAAUGUACAUCCUAACAUUACUCCUCCAUUAAAACAACCACAAUUGAAAUCCUCCACAACUGAUACGUCCUCUUCCCUAAGUCCCUAUCCAAGUGAAGUGAGAUCAAUUAAAGAUAAUGAUGUAUCAUUACUUCCAAAAACAUCAGACCUGGGGCUGUGGAGUGACAGUACACCACAUUUGUCAUCCAGUGAUGUGACCAAGAGCUCAUCGUCAGCAUUGGAUGACAGUAAAACUGACAAGAAACUACCAUCUCGUCCUAAGGUGGUUUACGAAUUUGGACUUUCCAGCUCAAGUUUGUCUAAUAAUAAUAAUGGUAAGUUAGUAUGUUUUAAAUACUUUUAACUUCAUGUAUUAUUGAUCCUUUUAAAUACAACCAGCAUUUCUACAUUUUAAUCUCAUAAUAUCGAAUACACAUAUUGGUACUUUAAAUUUUAUAUUGUUGGUGGGUUAUAAUGAUUGCAGAAAACAAGCAAAAAUUAUAUUUCGGUGAGAUUGAGCCCGGGAUUUGGAUAUCGUAUGAACCUGUUCCGAAAAUAUCAAGGGCAAGUACCUCAUGUUUCCGUGAAGCAGGCCUGACCAGUGCUCUCACAAUCAAAUUUUCGAAUUCCUUAGAAAAAGCUCGAAAAUUCCUCAGAUUUCCUUAAAAUUCCUUAAAUUGGUAAAAUUACUGAUCAAGGCCUGAUCAUAGUUGCAAAAAGUGUUUUUUUCUGCUUUUCAGUUUUUCAACCUUGUUUCUACAUAAGCACUAAAAACUGAAAAUAUUUGAUUGUUAGCAUAAUGCCAUAAAGAAAACAUUCAACAUGAUAUAUUUUUUAUCGUUGCUGCAUGAAGAGCUUAGGAAAUUUGUAGAUUUCAGAAGAAACAGCAUAUACUGACAUUUAACUUUUGAGAAUUUUCAAUGGAAUGACAGCCAUAUGUACAUUUAUGACAUAGAGAACAUACGAAUAUAUGUAAUUAUGUGCGUAUAAUGUUACUACUUUCAAGUUAAAAUCUCAUUUGCGUGGCGUGGUUAUCCUCCGUCAAACGUUUUUAGUCCAGGAUCAAAUGUUUCAGAAAUUCCUUAAAAAAUUCUCAAAAACCUAAAUUCCUUUAAAAAAAUCCUUAAAACUCUUCAAAAUUCCUAUUUUUAAGGAUAAUUCCUUAAAAGUAAGAGCACUAGGCCUGCAUGACCUCAAUCCAACUCAUAAACCUUGCACUUAUGCACUAUAAUUAAAGUUUGUCGUUAUAAUAAUACUACAGUAGCUAUAUACGAAAUAGAUUUUCCCGUCAUGCAUACGUAACUAGUCAGAUUUUCUGAGAUGCUUACUCUACUUGAUUAAUUAAGAUAGUAUUGAAGAGCAUUUAUUCCAAAUUCAGUGGAGCUGCGGGGACGAUGCAAAUGUGUAUUUCUUGGAAAUUUCCCAUGUUGCAUAAAACCACAUCUAUAUACAGCUAAUUCAGAAAAGGUUGUGCUUUGAAAAUCCUUAAACUCUAAACCUUAAACCCUAAGCGUGCAAAGCAUAAUGGGAGCAUCAUCUAAUCAGUUUAGAAAUAAUUUAUGCAUUGGUCCAUUUCUUAGAAACAUGGUAAAUAUCACCUUACGAAAAAAAUUCAUUCACAAAUAGCUGCAAUAUUCAACUACUAAGCUUGAAACUUGUGCUCUCAUUAAGCUUUGCGCGCUUAGAGUUUAAGGUUUUUCAAAGGACAACCUUUUUUGAAUUGGCUGUAUAUUAUUGAGUAUGACUCAGUACCUGGAUUAGGUUUCAUCGCAGUUUUAAAGCCAGUUCCCAAUUUUUAUCGUGAUUUCCUGCUGUGACGCAUGUGAUUACUGUGUGACGCAUGAAUAUUCAGGUUUAGAUGUGCAAAGCAAAUCAUUCUCAAGAAUGGGAGGUAGAAUUUGGAAUAGCAUUCCUACAGAACUACGUGAAAAACCAAAGAAUCACUUUAAAAAAGUCUUACAUAGAAAGUUACUUCAAAUGUUAGAAAAGAAAGACGAUUAUAUUGAUAUUCUAACAAUACAAAAAGAAAUCGCAAUAAUCUAAAAGUUAAAUCAUUUUACGAUUUUGGAUUUUAGUCUGAUCAUUCGUUAGAGUUUGUGUUUGAUCACUCGUUAGAGAUUAUGUUUGUAUAUAUGGUGAAUGUAUUUCUAUCGUAUGCCUUUUGGUGAUGAAUAGUGCUUGUAUUUACUAAAUUAAUACUGAAAUCUUCUUUUAUUCCGAAUGUGUGUAGUUGCUGUCCACCACGAUUAGCUUUUGCUAUUUGUGGACAGCAAGAUUUUUAUUGAUUUUGUAAAUUAGUUUGACAUAAUAAAUUGAAUUGAAAUUGAAUUGAAUUGAAUUGAUUACAUGAAUGACUCGUAAAUAUAAUACGCCUUUCUCUAAAGUACGUCAUAAGACACCUUAGCGAGUAGUUUGGAGUAUUUUAACUUAUUACUGGUUUAUUGUAACCGAACGGAACUGUUUAACACUUCCAUGAGUAAGACAAACAUAGAGAGAAGAAUAAGUAUCGCAACGAAAAUCACCUGUGACAGUUUACACGGGGGUUCAAGCCCCGUUCAAACUAGUCCAGCAUCGUCCAACAAUGUUCGAUGAAAAUUUCAAACCCGAUCCAACACUACCCAACAUAGCCUUCAAACAAGGCCAACAAUGUUGGACCAACCUGUUGGCCUCGUUUGAAUGGGGCCUAAGUAUGAAAUGACAACAGAAAUGAUGCUUGUACGUUUAAGCAAGUGACGUUUUUGUCAAUACGAACGUCACCCGAAAAUUGUUGUAACUAAUUUUGGCGGCAUCUUGCCUCAUAGCGCUCGUGCAAGGAGGCAUUUUACUUGAAAAAUCAUAUGUGUUAAAGAUCCAGCCCCCCCCCCCGGCAAUCUGAUGUCCGUGUUGACAAAAACGUCACUUGCCGGCUUAGCCUUAAGCUCCUAGUUAAGACAGCAAGGUGACUGAGAUUCCCCAUUUCCUUAUUUUUUUAGGAACUGCGGGUGAGAUGAACAGUUUCAACCACAGCUCUGAACGCUCCAGCCGGAAAUCAGGCAGCAGUUUUGAUUCUGGACCACUGUCUAUCUCCAGUUUACCUAAAUCUACGGAUAAAAAUAUUUCUACAGGCAGCAGUGCGUCUGACAGCAAUAAUAACCUACUACUACAGCGCAUGGAGAACUCUUUUCAACAUUUUCAAGAAAUGAUUGAUGAAGCAAAGGCUCUGAAUGAAAAGUAUCUUGAUGAAACUAAACAUCCCGGAAAAGUUAAUGUAGAGAAAAGAAGUUCAUUAGAAAAUAUAAAAAAGAAAGAUGAUGCUAAAGAAGGUGACUUAGAUAAUAUACCAAGAGACGAAUCUUCGUCUGGUGUGCUUGCAGAAAGUCAAGGAAUUAGUGAUAAUAUAUCCGACCCCAUGGCUUAUGACACUGGUGGUAAAUUUCGUGAGCCAGUAUUAUUAAUAGAUCAAGGAAGUCACAAAGAGGAUCAAGAUCUUUUAGAAGACGUGCUUGGACCUAAUGAGGAAAAUUUUAAAUCCACCCAAAUGAACGAUUUUGCUCGUAGUGAAAAGAGUACAAUUUCAAGGGAAAAUGGAAGUAGAACAGUUACUUCCCCGAUGAUUUCAAAUCAAGAAGACCUCAAUUUGGGAGUACAGUCACCUGAAAACGAAAUGCUUGCAGUAGAACACGAACAAUCUCCAAGUUAUUAUGGCAGUUCCCCUAGGGCUUUGUCUGUUAUUCCUGAGGAGACUCGCAUCAGUGAUGAUGACUUAUCAGAAGGAGUGCUGGAGGACGAUGAUCAUAACUUUGGAAUUCCCAAUAAGGAUGAAUAUAACAAGCAUCAAGUUGAAGAAUUAUUGAGUCGUGUUGCACGAACUGAUGAUUAUUUUACAGAUAUUCGACAUGGUGAUGAAGAGUUUCACAAUUAUGGAGAAAUGAGAGAUUUUGUAGGUUCUGAAACUAGGCAGUCAUUUAGUCCCCCAGGUAAUUAUACCCCGCAACCAACACACACAUCACUGAACUAUUUCCAAUAUCGUUCUCAUGAACAAACUGUAACACAACCACCAAUAACACCACCACACAGUUCUGACGAGCGGCGUCAGUCUCAUGCAGGAAAGAUCCAACAUACACCUGAAAGGCAAUCCUGGGGAAAUCUAGCUCCAGGUGGAAUAAUAACCAGUGCAGAAGCUUCAAAGAAGUUUGGAUUACAUGUCGACUUACCUACGACUGAAAAACGAUCAUAUAAUGAUCAUUCUAGUUCUUCUCCCUCCAUGAAUGACGUUGUCCUAUCAGGUAUGUCAAGUCUUUCAUUGUCCCAGACGGACGAAUCUUCAACCAGUGGUUUAAGUCUUCAAGAAGCUUUCCGCAAAAGUCGACCACAGUUCUUUAAACAUUCUCAGGAAAGAUUACUACGAGCAAAGGAAGCGAGAUAUCUGCAUUCGCCUGUGACGAAGAAACAAGACACUGCUGAUGACUCGCAAGAUAAAACUCCUGAAACAACGAAGCACAAAACUCCCGAAACCACAUCUUCUAUUUCAAAACCAAGUUCUGAGAAAGUUGCUGGAAAGCAAUCAUCAGGUAAGAUUUUUGCUUCAGAAGAGCGGUCUUAUUUAACAUCAGUUGUUAGUCAGGCAAGUGUAUAAUACAAUAUAAGCGAGUACAAUAAAAUUAGCAUCCCAAAAGGGGGUAAAGGUUAUCAAGUUAUUUUCAGGGCACAUACCCGAGUGAAAGGACAGAGACACAGAGUAAUACCUCAGUCACCUAUAAGUAUACAAUUUAUAUACCAAAUGUAUUUGCCCAUGAAACUUGAAAAAUAUUUUAAUAGCUACAUCCAUGACUAAGUUUGAAAUUAAUCAUUUCAAUUACCCACAAUGUAGGAAAACGAUUCGUGGACUUUGGGAAUUUUGGAACUUUGACCCACCCACCCACACAACCACCCACCCACCCAACCUAUACAAUAGGGAGCUUUAGCAGUGACUACGAGUACGAGAUUAGUCAUUCUCGCGUGUUGUUUGCUUACGCCAUCAUGCAAAACUCGGGGGCUUCGGGGCAAAUUGUUGAUAUAUGCUCAAGUAGGAUAUGCUCUAGACUUGGAUCAAAUCCGUCUCUCUAGAAUCCGAGUCGCGAAGCGACAAGAUCGAGCGCGCCGCGCAAGGUUCCCGCGUUAUUGCACCUCGCGCUCUCCCUCGGACUCUAGAGAGACGGACUUGAUCCAAGUCUAGAUAUGCUCAAGUAGGCUACUGAUUACUGACCGUAAUGUCAUUCUUUUAUUUAGAUGGUCGACAGAAAAUUGGAAAGGAGGAAAUGAAAGGCCGUACUAAAAGGUUUGCUAAUUAAACCGCUUGCAAAACGACAACGCGCGCUGAGAACAGCAGCAUAAAACCGUCCAGUAUAUAUAAUGAAUUAGUACAGUUAGCAAGAUUACUAAGUAAAAAAAAACUUUGCAAGAGAGAGUUAUUCCUUUUUUAAACCCCCUUAUAACAUGAACGCUGACAAGUUGAGAUAUCCGCGAUCGUAAAUUUCUCACAAAUUAUUAAUGAAAUCUUCAAAAACAUAUAGUAGAAUUUCCAACAUCACAAUUUAUCCCUACAAAAUAAUGCUAAAAGUAAGAUUUUUUUAUUAGUUAUUAAACAAACACUUUAUUCUUUCUUCAAGAUUGUAUGAAAGUUUACCCGAUAUACGACAGAAAGCAAUUCAGAUACAACGACAAGAAACCUAUACAGCUAAUAGAGUAAAAGCUCAAGAAUUUCAGAAGGUUUGUAUGGUAUAAAAUUACAGGGGUGUAGGAACCAGGGGGGCCAGCCCCCCCCCCCAAGUUUUCCAAAGUGCCCUUUUUCCGGGAGCAAAGUGCCCUUUUCUUGCGUGAAAAAUGUCGUUCCAGGGUUUUUUCAGGAUUUUCUCUUGGGUCCGUUUUUGCAGAGAAGAGUGGUUGCACCCCCCCCCCCCCUACUGUGGGGGCUGACACUUGUACUCAAUAAAUGUAGUUGAGACGGAAUGUGUUAAAGCAGGGGCACUGAGGGACACUAUAAACUUGUUAAAGAUGGCGAAUGCAUAGUUUUUCUUGUGUUUUGAGAUGAAUUCCAGCCAUUUUUUCUUAAUUGUCGGGUUUCCAACUGAAAACUAAUUUCCACACGUCACGAAUUUAACUCAAACAACUUCAUUUUUACUGCACUGAAACUUUGGUGAGAAGAUUGAGUUUCAAAACUCAAUUCAAGAUUGAGAUGCUUCCUACGCCCCUGUGAAAUGACUUCACAUGGAGCAAGGGGAUUUUUUGCGAUUCAGUUUCUCACGUUUCUCAAAUAUGUGAGGCAUAAUCUAUACUGUAUAAUUCACUUCUCACACCGGUCGUUAUCUCGCAGUUUUAAACCACCACUCUAUGAAAAUUGUCAAUAAAUCAAAACAUUCCAACUGAACAAUGACUGUUGCAAUCUCUAUCCGGAAACUAUAUCUAUAUAUUAUAGGUGCACGCAUCGUUUCUGUCUCGUUCAAAAAACUGCACUUAAAAGAGGUGCAACGUUCGGCGUCUCGGCUUUUCCCGAGGAUAUUGGUUGAAAUGUAAGGCUGUGUUUGUGGCAUGAUGACCGGUGAUCAGUGCUAGAUUUGCGGUUUCAUAGUACAGGAACGAAAUGGAAAAUACGACUGAACGAAAUAAAAAAUAAAUAUAGGGAAAGGAAAACGUGUUUCUCUGCAAUGCUUUUCUUUCUUUCUUUCUUUCUAUAUGAUUUUCUCCAACAUUCAUUGUCUUGAUUUUGAUCAGAUUGAUCCUAUACUGCAGUUUUGUUUUUGUUAUACGCCUACUUUACAGUAUUAUUACACAACCAUUCAUCAUAACUCGAAACGUCAGACGUCGCACGUCGUUAUAUAUAUAUCUUUUGCGCUGAGUGGUUAUAUUACUACCUUAAAAAAUAAGCAAAAUUCGACGUUUCGAGCGAAACUCGAAACGUCGAGUUUCUGCUUAUUUUUUAAGGUAGUAAUAUAACCACUCAGCACAGCAUUUUCACAUUGGUACUACCCACACUGGUACAGACAGUUUUAGUAUACAUAUAUAUCUUUUCCAGAUAGUUUUGUUCACCUAACACUAUAUAACAAUCAUGCAGCACAAACCUACCUACAUGACAAGUCAGACAUAAAUCAUUAACAAAUUGAUUUAUGGUAUAUGGUUGGUACAUGAAUAUAUAUCCGAUUCUGUUCUAUCAAGUUUGCUUAGCUAAUAAACCUGUCGCCAAUUACUUCAACAAUGUCAAUCACUUUUUUACAGCAAACAAGAGAACGAUUACGAAAAUUGAAUGCUAAAAAAACUGGGAAGAAGACGUAAGGUAUAUACCAAUGAUUCUGCUGCGGACUGAUUAGAAUUUAAAAAUAUAUUAAAUAAGUGAUCUAAUAGUUCUAUUUGUAUAUAGCUGUAUAUUAUUAUAUGCUGUGUGAACAUGCUUAAAAAUUAAAUGUAUUGUUAUGUUAUGCUAUGUUGCAUGAUUGUCUUUACGAGUAAAAACAAAGUAAAAUAUACAAGUUGGG